UAGAUAAUACAACCCAUGUUGCGGAAUUGUGAUGAUAAUUAACAGCAAAUUACUUAAAAAAUAUUGUUUGUUAUUUAUAAAUAACAUGUUUUAGGGUUAAAUGAGUUUUAACAGUAUGUAAUAAAUUAUUUUUAUGAAACAUCGUACUGAUUAUUAAUACACCACGGUACCUACUGGCGAAUCAUUUCGUGUCGUUAAUAUUCAUAAUCUUGAAACGUAUAUUUUCAUAAGCUUCCUUGGAUGUGGUAAAACUUAUAAUGCCGGAUAUUAAGAUUACGCCACUCGGAGCGGGCCAGGAUGUUGGUCGGAGCUGCAUCUUGCUAACCAUGGGUGGCAAAAACAUAAUGUUAGAUUGUGGUAUGCAUAUGGGCUACAACGAUGAAAGAAGAUUUCCUGAUUUCUCUUACAUUGUCCCGGAAGGCCCUAUAACGAGUCAGAUCGACUGCGUUAUUAUAUCACAUUUUCACCUAGAUCACUGCGGUGCACUGCCCUAUAUGUCCGAAAUGAUUGGUUAUACCGGCCCUAUUUACAUGACACACCCGACUAAAGCCAUAGCACCAAUCCUUCUCGAGGAUAUGAGGAAAGUCGCAGUGGAGCGCAAAGGUGAGUCAAACUUCUUCACUUCCCAAAUGAUAAAAGAUUGUAUGAAAAAAGUGACAGCUGUGACUCUCCAUCAAUCAGUAAUGGUGGAUAAUGAAUUAGAAAUCAAAGCUUAUUACGCAGGACAUGUCUUAGGAGCUGCAAUGUUCUGGAUCAGAGUAGGGUCACAAUCUGUGGUUUACACAGGUGAUUACAACAUGACACCUGAUAGGCACUUAGGAGCCGCCUGGAUUGACAAAUGUAGACCUGAUCUGCUCAUAACAGAAUCCACAUAUGCAACAACCAUAAGAGAUUCAAAACGCUGUCGUGAAAGAGAUUUUCUCAAAAAAGUUCAUGAAUGUGUAGAAAAAGGAGGUAAGGUUCUGAUUCCGGUGUUUGCAUUAGGAAGGGCACAGGAACUUUGUAUUUUAUUGGAAACAUAUUGGGAUCGUAUGAAUCUUAAAUAUCCAGUUUACUUUGCUCUUGGAUUGACAGAAAAAGCAAACAAUUACUAUAAAAUGUUUAUAACAUGGACCAAUCAAAAAAUAAGAAAGACAUUUGUUCAAAGAAAUAUGUUUGACUUUAAGCAUAUUAAACCAUUUGACAAGACAUACAUUGAUAAUCCCGGUGCUAUGGUAGUUUUUGCUACACCUGGAAUGUUGCAUGCUGGAUUGUCACUAAACAUCUUUAAGAAAUGGGCUCCUUAUGAACAGAACAUGGUGAUUAUGCCAGGAUUCUGUGUGCAAGGCACAGUCGGACACAAGAUCCUCAAUGGAGCAAAGAAGGUUGAAUUUGAAAACAGACAAGUGGUUGAAGUUAAAAUGGCAGUAGAAUACAUGUCAUUUUCAGCUCAUGCUGAUGCAAAAGGAAUUAUGCAAUUGAUACAAUAUUGUGAACCCAAAAAUGUAUUGUUGGUACAUGGUGAAGCUCAAAAAAUGGAGUUUUUGAAAGAUAAAAUAGAGAAGGAAUUCAAAAUUAGUUGUUUUAUGCCAGCUAAUGGUGAAACAUGUGUUAUAAAUACUCCAACAACCAUUCCUAUUGAUGUCUCGUUGAGGUUGCUGAAAGCUGAAGCAGUGAGAUACAAUGCCCAACCACCUGAUCCAAAACGCAGGCGAGUUGUUAAUGGGAUUCUGUGUGUCAAAGAUAACAGGCUAUCAUUACUAGACAUUGAUGAGAUGUGUGAUGAAAUCGGAAUAAACAGGCAUAUCAUUAGAUUCACAAGUACAGUUCGUUUUGAGGAUCCGGGGCCAGCUAUCAAGACUGCUGAAAAAUUGCAGAAUUUACUGACGGAAAAAUUAGAAGGCUGGACUAUAACUAUAUCGGAAGGAAACAUAUCAGUUGAGUCUGUACUCAUCAAGGUAGAAGGUGAAGAUGAUAGCACAAAAAACAUUUAUGUUUCUUGGACAAACCAAGACGAAGACUUAGGUAGCUAUAUAUUAGGGCUCCUGCAAUCAAUGGUUCAAUAUAGUCCAAUGAAAGAAUAAGAAAUGUCAUGUUUUAGGAUUUUUAUUAUGAAUUAUUUUGUAAUUUUGAAUAAAUUAGUUUUAGUUAAUAA